AGGUAAGCUGUUACGGAACACCGUUGAAGUUGUUGAAUUUUCGAGUUACUGUAUGUGCGCUCGUCUGCGCAAUGUUUCUUGACGUUAAGUACUGCAUACAUGCUUGUGUUUGAGUGCUGAGCUCAGAGAAUACGUAACGAAACUGUUAUCCAGAUUCAAAUAAUCAAACAGUCCAAGCGGAAGAUGUGUUUUUUUUAAGUAUACACGCUGUAUAAACUACAAAAAAAACAAUGGUUUUGGAGGAGAAAAACGUGGCAGUUGAGCCAGUGGCUUCGGCAGGGACCACCGCUGGAGGUGGUAAAAGUAACCGCAACAAUGCCAACACCGGUCCCACUGCUAACGCCAAUGGUGAUGGCGAUAGUUCACAGGGAGAAGCGCCGCUGAAGGUUGGAGAGCAAUACAUGGUUCGCAGGGCGGACAACACAUGGCAAUCUGCUGAGAUAAUUCAAGUUCGCAAGACAGCAGCCGGCGACGAGUACGAAUAUUAUGUGCACUACAAAGGAUUUAAUCGUCGUUUGGAUGAAUGGAUCGAGCGGGACCGUAUUUCAGUUUCGGCAGCCGAAAUUUCAGAGGCAGAUAUUGUUCCCAAUCCAGUUGACCCUAUGGAGCAGUCAGACAGGAAGAUUACCCGAAACCAAAAACGUCGACAUGACGAAAUUAAUCACGUACAGAAAACUUACGCCGAGAUGGACCCAACUACGGCUGCACUGGAAAAAGAACACGAAGCUCUUACAAAGGUAAAAUACAUAGAUAAGAUCCAGUUUGGAAGGUAUGAAAUUGAUGCGUGGUACUUUUCGCCGUACCCUGACGAAUAUGGAAAGCUGCCUAAGUUAUGGAUAUGCGAGUAUUGCCUUAAAUACAUGCGGCUUGAAAAGACGUAUCGACAGCAUCUCUCCGAUUGUACAUGGAAGCAGCCGCCCGGCAAGGAAAUUUAUAGGAAAGGAACCAUUUCGCUUUUCGAGGUUGACGGCAAAGACUACAAAGUGUACGGUCAAUGUUUAUGCCUUCUGGCAAAACUAUUUCUCGAUCACAAGACACUCUAUUUCGAUGUCGAACCAUUUAUGUUCUACGUGCUAUGUGAAGUCGAUCGUGAGGGUGCCCAUAUCGUGGGUUAUUUUUCAAAGGAGAAAGAAAGUCCUGACGGCAAUAACGUAGCUUGUAUCCUGACGCUUCCCCCAUAUCAACGAAAGGGCUACGGUAAAUUCCUGAUCGCUUUCUCCUAUGAACUGUCAAAGUUAGAGAACGUUGUCGGUUCUCCUGAAAAACCACUUUCCGAUCUUGGCAAACUAAGCUAUCGAUCUUAUUGGUCUUGGGUAUUAUUGGAGAUUAUGCGAGAAUCGACAGUACGACUCUCAAUUAAGGAUCUUUCGCAGUUGACUUCAAUCACCCAUACGGAUAUUGUAUCUACCCUUCAAAGUCUCAAUAUGGUUAAGUACUGGAAAGGCCAACAUGUUAUAUGCGUUACUCCUAAACUGGUCGAAGAGCACCUCCGUAGUGCAGAAUACAAGAGGCCACGAUUAACCGUUGACGCUACCAUGCUGAAGUGGAGCCCUCCAGUCCGUAAACAUCCGCUUAAGAACACUCGAAAACUAUAGUAUUUGCCCUAAAAAGCGAAACCGGCCAAUAUUUGAACAACUGUGUCAUUGAUCUACAUGUUUAGGGCGCAUUCUUUACUUAACAUACGUCUUACCUAUGAAUGUUCUUACCUAUGAAUGUUUCGAUUAUGGAAACAUUUGUUGGGAUUCUGUUCUGAUAAUCAACAACAACAACUGAUAUUUAAUAAGGACUACAAAAAACACUCAGCCCAGAACACAUUUUUAUUUGCAGGUUCACUGUAGACAAAACUAUUUAAUUAUAAUAAAAAUUAAAAAUAGUAAUAUCCAUUCUACUUGCCCUGCUACAUAAAGCUAACAAUAGGAUACAUGUUAGGACACAUUAUUCUGCGGAGCAUACGACGCAACUGGGCAGUCUGAGCAAAGCGACUUUCGUAUUUUUGACGUACCACGCACAUGGCAAUUAUAUACUGCCUCGUUUUUCGGGGUACAUUAAUGCUCUGUAUAAUCCUAAUAAUAAUCGAAUACUUCCGUAUAUGAGCUCACUAGCAGGAAGUUGGGAAGAAACGGAGAUUCCGGAAAGAUAUUAGUUGGAUGGAAUUGAAUAAAAUAACUAUAGAGCUACGCUUGCUUUCAUUUGCUAAACAUUUCGUUUCUGAUUCAAUUUCGACGUCGCACACUUCGCAGUGUUGAUGGAGCUUGCACAUCAAUCUAUAUAAAUGGGGAAUAUGCUUACCACCCUGGGCUGUAUAAGUAUUAUCACCUAUUGGCCGCUUUUGUAAAUACGCAGAUGACAUGUUUUUUAAGUAAAACAUUGGAUAAAGUUAUUUUUGCUUGGAGCUGAAAUUUCAACAAAGUUUGUCUGAAUCAUUAUUAUCUCAAACAAUCAUUGGCUUGACAAAUCUGAAUUUGACGCGCAAAAAUCAUUUUUCUGCAUCAAAGGCUAAGUUAAUUAGACCUUUCGUUGCACAGUCUGUGAAACAAACACGGAAGUUUUCCUCUACGAUUAUGUGUCUGACUUGCUAGUUGAAAUGUUUAUUCUUGUAGAUAAAUGUAAAUAAAUUUAAAUUGUUUAGUUAUAUCAGCGUACUUGAUGCAAAAACAUUGCGUGCAAGAAUAGGUGUCGGUGUUACGAAAGUAGAUAAAUAUCGUAGGUUAGCGCUACGAUACGAGAACUGGUAAAGUAUUGCGUCUUUAGUUAACGUCAUCUUCUGAAAGCUACAUAUUGAAUGCUGUCUUUUUUUUGUUCGGUUUCUUAAAAAGUUACUUAAAAAAUAUUUUCAAAACGGGUAGCAAAAAAGAGAUCUAGUUAAUUUAUAAAGCACUGUUUCAUUAAAAGGAAACGUAAUACAAAUGCGUUAGGGCUUGACGGCUCAUCAAAACGUGAUAUAUAUAUAUGUAUAACUUUGAGAAUAUGGAAAGCUUUUUCCUUUAUAAUUUUUCAUCUGUUAAUUGCACGUGCCAGAGCUGGUAUUGUAUAUGAUUACGUGUUGAUAAAAUUUGGCGCAGCAAUAGAGCGCAUGUGUAGACUUGGUCCAAUUACCACCAGCGCUACUGGCAGCAAUUGGUGCGGUUGGACGCUAUACGGUUGUAGUAUGAACCAAACUUUAAAAUAUCAUGUUGCUAGUGGGUGUGAUUUCUAGCAUAGAAGAGAGAUCAUUUCUAGCUAGUGCUACGCUUGGUACAUCUUUGUGUACUUGUAGUCAUAUGAAACCUCAAAUUCGAUCCUGACCAAUGCUCUUUAUGCUCGUUUUGAGCAGGCAUUUCCUGACCUCAUGCACAUGUGCUAUUUGUAAGCAUAGAUUGUUCAGGGCCAAGAUUAGCGCAGAACUAAGGAAGCUAUUUAAUGAUAAGCAAACGUGUUUUCUAAUCCUUAAAUUUGUCCGUUAUGCUAUUAUUACAUUGCGCAAGUAAAUAUUUUACCGGGUUUUGGAAACGCUGACCUUCAAAGAUGAAAUCGAGUUAGAUUUAAAAAUUAUGGGCUGAUAUGGCAAUCCAGCAGUGAAAACGUAUAAUAGUUUGGUAUCUACCAGCUGUUACACGCAAAUACUGCAGGCCUUGAAGUUGAAUAACUUCUGAACUAGCUGACUUCAAUGAUGAUUUUUAUUAUGCGUUAAAGGUACUCUCUCUUCUCUGUGAAACAUUUGCCCCGUUUUGGCAACUUCUGAACAGAGAUAUACCUAUUUUUCGCGUUGCCGUGUGUAAUAGCAGGUGUCCCUAAUAUUCACUGCCAUCAAGGAAAAGUGGCGCUCACGUAUACAUAAUUUGCAUAUAUAAGAAAUCUAUAAGAAAUGCACUGUCACUUCCUUUAUGAGCAACUUUUAUUUUGAUAAGUGCCAUAGCCAACAGACGGAGUUGUUCGCGUUGCCCACCGCAAAGCACAGCUAAGCGCGCGAAAAGCCCUGAAAAAACCAUUUUAAUUGUUGACUAUCAAUACAAUACAGACCUAAUUGUUGUAAGCUAUCAAAAAUACGCUUUCAUCUUGCAACCCACCAUUUACUGUAACCCUGUGACCCAUAAACUACGGCAGGCUGUUUUUUCAAUCCAAAAUCCUUUAUUGAAAUUUAUUGUCGUUUAUGACGAAAAUGGUUGUUACCGAUGGCUGUUGAACGGGCAUUUCUAUAGAAUGGCGUCGCCACUUUUAAUGGUAUAAAUGCGUAAAAGUUGAAUAGGGUGGGCCGUUGACUAAUUGCAUACAUUGAUUAGGCAGCCUCAACAUUCGUAGCAUAUAGUAAUUAUUGUGUCAGGUCCGCGUGUUAUUGGCAGUGGACGUUCUAAAUCAUUCAUUCAAAUAGCGGAGGCGUAAGUCCUUCUGAAGCAACUGUUUGGACAAGUUCAGUAAUUGAGUAAGCUAUAUUGGUAACAUAGAAACUAUUGCAAAUAGAUAUGAUUAUUCAAUUCGUACUUAUAUAUUUUUCUAUGAACUAUGCAAGCGGCGUAGAUAAAAAAAAAACGGUGUCUGCAUCCAACUUGAUAUACAAAUUUAUAAUGUUACGGUCAGAGUUCAAGAUUUCCCAGUUUCCUGACAGUGCAGAACUCAUAGAGCAACACUACGGCAGUACUGCCUGACUAUCGAUAGAGAACACGCGUUAAGCUUAUAAUGAGCUUAUAGCCAAUGUUGUCUACGCCGCGACGGUACUCGAACUAGCCACGUCUCAUCGCAUAGCUGAGGUCUGCCGUAACAUGCAGUGACUCACAAGCUGAGCCGCCUGGGCGACCAUUUGUCGAGUAUGUGUGGGAUAUUUGAGAAAAUUAGAACAAUGCAAUGCACAACAUUGACAUUUGUACAUCAGCAGCAAGAAAAAUAAUUAAAAUCAACACAAACAUCUCUUCUCUAACGAUUGGGUUACUCCGUACACAAGGGGCCAAUUGUCACAAUCAGUACCGAGAAUGUUCUCGUGAUCCGGAACAAAAUUCGUUGAAGUAAACGCUGAUACUGCACGCCGUCGUAUUAAGAACAUAUGCUGAACUUCGUUUGACGUAAAUACAGUGCGUUGAGCCAAAUGUUGAUGUUGAGUUUCUAUAACAAUUUUUUCUUUUUUUUCAAUAACAAAUAAUUUUACCUUGAAACAUUUGAUGGAUUUCUAGCCAUGCGAGGGCUAGAAGUUAAGGAUAUAAUAAAUAAGAAUCAAAUUACAAUGUACUUUAUGAAUAAUUAUCUUCAUUAACCUAAAUUAUAGUGUUGUGUGUGCGUAGCAUAACGGCAAUUGGUACAAAGUUCUUAUCACAAAAAUGCAAAACUGCGACCCUUUUUCAAAUAGCAAUCACUCUAAGUUAUGUACCACGUUUUACAAUAUUGAACUGGUAGGUAUAUCAAUAAGGUUGCGUACAAGGGCAAAACUGAUCGCCACUGCUGCGCCAGGUGCAUUCUAGGCGUUUCGACUAGAAAUAUUAUUAUUAGCACAUAUAACAUGGGAGGUCAACAUUUUAAGAGUUAACAGAAGGUCUGAACAGUUAACAAGGCGAUCAGUGUGUCAAAAUACGCACUGUGAGAUUCUAAAAUGUGACAUACUUCCUCCGUCCUAUCAUCAGUAUUUAGGAAGUAUGUUAUUCGCGCUUCAAACACAUAUAAAAACGCCAAAGAUAUGUAGUCCGACAUUUUUUGGAGCAGGUCUUUUUUUAUAUGCAGCAUAUGAUCGAUUAUUACGCAGUAGUUCAGCUAAAGAAACAUCAGAACCGAAUCGCUACCACUAUUUUAUCUAAGCUGCAAGGAACAACAAUACAUAUCUUGCCUAUUAGCAUCCAGACUCGUUAAUUUUUUUUUCUAUAUAUUUAUCGCAUAUUGCUACGCCGGGCGCCAUCUAUACUAUUUCCGUUUUUCCGAACGUAACCUUACGCGAUUUUAGACCUUCUCAACCUAAACAUGCAUCUUGUAGCUGAGGUCGUUACAGUUCCUGUGCUACUCCCGUUAUCGCAUUGGAGUUUUCCUAUUGCCAUUUCCUUGACGCAGUUCUUUCCUCCGAAGACCCAUUGCAUUGUUCAAGUCAAUAUUCUCUGUUUCCAGCUUAUCCCAUUAUCAUGUUCUAGUAAGUGGCAUUACAUUGUUUUAGCAAUUUUGCUACCUGGUCUCUGCUGUUCGGUUACCCUGAGUCAGAUAUUAUUCAAUCGUUGCUGUGUCACUUAUCUUGUGUCCUUAUUGCAAUUUUGCGGCUACUACGUUAACGUUGACCCAUUACUGCUUUGCGGUUAUUCCGCUUUCUCAAAAUGAAACUUAACUUUCAGAACUUCAUGCAAAGACUAGAUCGUCUAAAAAAUAAAGCGAUAAAGUUAAAUAUUUAAACUCAUCAGCAUUCUACUUUGAGGAUUCUGCACUGCUUCCUGGAAAAAAACACACCAUAUUCAGUUUCAUGGCAAACAAUAAGGAACAUCAGUCUGUAAAAAAAAUUAAACCUCGCAUCUCGAGUGUAAAGCUCGAAGACCUAAGCAACUCUUAUGUUUAGAUGUUUCGCAGAUUCUGUCAAGCUUGUUUUCCAAAAAUGCCAUGUCGGCUAUAGUGCCCUUUCGUCAAACUGUGUCCGUACUAUGUCUAUAAUCACGAAAACUGUCCUUGUUCUUUUUGAAUAUUUCAUAUAAAAAUAUGAUCUUGUAUAUAUGUACAUUAAACGUGUUAACAAUUACGCCCUUAAACAGUUAGCUUUUUACUACGCGCAAAUUUAUGAUGGCCUUUUUCCAUUUUCAAGUGUAUUAUAUUAAACAAAAGGAUUAAUCACUGAAGAGAUUAAUGUUUUGAAUUUGAACAGCCUUAGUCAAGCAUUACUUCAGUUGUCUGGUUUCUUCCAGCACAAAACGUGAAGGCAUACCCCCAACAAUUUUUUCGGGGCAUAUAUUAAAGAGACUGAUAGCUGGCUGAAUAACAUCAAUGUCGCUUCAGGUUUCGUCAAUUUUAGGAGUUAGGGUGUUAUUCAUUUCUGAUAAGAUUUAGCAAACAGGUUGCCAGUGGCCUUAUGUUUGCUUUGUUAUCUAUAUUUGCGACUUAACUCGUCUGAAUGAUUAAAUAAAAUAAGAAUCUCAACUUAUCUUUUAACGUAAUAAAUACCUUUAUAGCCGACGCUUUGUACUGAUGACACAUAGGUGUCAGACAGUUAACAACUAUUAGGUUUCCAGCCAAUCAAACAUAUGAUAUUCGUGUAAAACGACCUAACAGACCAGUCACGCAGAUUUACCGCAAGACGGUUUAACUCCAUACCGUGAUAAACAUCAUAGUGUCGUGUCCAUUAUUACGUGGCAAGCAAAGCUUUGAUAGUGAAGCACGCAACAUGAACCUGAAACGUGACGUUUUCUUCUGCUUGAAAUAGGUCGGUUCGAUCGUACUAAUGCAAAGUUCACAAUUCACCAAUGCAGGCUACUAAGGAAUCCCUUGAAACUACGGAACUGAGCUGCUUUUAGCGUCGCCAGGUUUAUUAAUACACCUAAUUCAUAGUCGAGGUCUCGGUAUUUCGUACAAUCAGCUCGAACCACGAUUUGGUAAAUGCAUAUCAUAAUCACAUAUUUUAAGCGGACACAUUGUUCUAAACCAAACCGGUGUUGCCGCUCCCUUUUGCAGCUUUUGCUAAAAUGUAAGCUUUCACUCAGUACGGAUCCUACUACUAGUACAUGAUUAUCAUUUGCAACUAUAACGAAAAUUAUUUAUUUGCUACUAGUAGACUGUUUGGAGCAAAGUUUCGUUUCGUUGGUAGCGCCCUUUCUACGGAGACAAUAUGCCAAAAAUCUACGAAUGAUUUUUAACAUUAUUUUGCUUUAAGACCAAUCUGCUAAUUUUAGCUGUUAACAUUUAGCAGAGUUGAUAAGCACAUCUGGCACAAAAACGCACGGUGUAAACUUGCUUAUAGCGGCCUAAGCACAAAUGUUUUGGUGUCGAGAGAGAAUAGCUCACUUCGUUCUAAAAUUCACAAUUGAAAUGAGAUGAAGAGAACUUUUCUGACUGCACUAAGCCCAUUCUUUAUUAUUGCUGCUACUUAUUGAUAAAGGCUUAAUUGAUGACUUAAAACACACAAACAUUUACAAUUUACUUCGACAGAUAAUAAAUAACGAUAUAAGCUAUGAUAGCUCAAAUUAGUUGGGAUAGAUCUAUUGAAAAAUUCCUAAAGUGUCCUGCUCUGGUGUUUAAAUAAUGAAGCAGAGUUCCGCUAAGUCGAACCUAAAUGUCUUCGAUUUUACUGGCUCAGUUCAGUAGUGAUGACAGUUUGGAGACGCGAAUAAUCCGCAAAAAGACAACCUCCUCUUUUUUUUUGUGUGUGUGUGUGUGUGUAUAUACAUCUUAUUCUAUCAAUCUAAUUAACAGUAGGUCUCAGAAGCUUUGUGAACUGGUGCUUUUUGGAUAAUCUGCCGCAGAGCUGUCUUCAUCAAAACUACUUUUGCGGUCAGCGGAGGUCGUAUAUAGAGAUUCUUCGCUAACAUUCUCCAGUGUUACAUGUCUCACAUGGACAAAUCCGUAUGGUUCGCUGAUCUUCGGGAUGGCGAUGCGUGCUGUACCUGUUCGAGACGACGGUGCUGGCCGUGAAUGACUACAUCGGUGUGAAAUAAGCAGACGCGGUGAGCGUUCCGCGUAGUAUUGGCAUGCCACUUUUGAAGAGACUGUUGCCGGGGACUGCUUGAGACGCUCAAUAAGGACAUCGUAACGGGCUUGGUCCAAAUCAACGACCUUUUGAUCGACGAACGAGUGCCCGUCAAUGUGCAUAAAUUCGUUUCCAGGUCCGGGGAGGUUGAACGUAUGCGUUGACAACACAGUUAAGCCGGUUGCUAAAUUGAGCCAGAAGACGACUUUCCCGUAACUCUCUCACAAGCAGCUGAAAAGCAUGAAGCACAGAUAAGCAUCGAAUUGCAGUUUCUAUAUUCACAGUGUAGAUCAUGGAGCUGUACAGACAAUGCACUCCGUCACAUAGCACUAUCUAUCUAUUCCACUCGUAGGAACUCUGAGUAAGCCAAAGCUGUCCAUGAUUAGGUUACCGGUAUAGUUUCCUCUACUCGAAUCAAAACAUGGAGAGAUAUAUACACUAGUAGCUGUUAUUGUCAUGAAUCGAGCAAUUUUCGCUUUUAGCUCUCACUGCUUUCUCGAAGUAUUUCGAUAAAGACAGGCAAUAAUGGUACAACUAAUAGGAGAAUUGAACAACAUAAGAAGAAUUCAGCCAGUGAUCAAACAGUUCUGGCAGUAUUUGCUAUAUCGAUAAUGGAAAAACUCGUGGUUGACGGACGUCAGCUCGAGAGCGGAAAUGUAGUGUGCCGAUGUUGUGACUACAAACAGGGUGGAAGCGUACCGUAGACAAUAUGACAUGCGACGUGUACGACGAGUUUUUGAGUGGAAUCAUGUGUGUGAAAACAUCUCCAGAAAAAACGUAGUUAAUAACGAGCAGUUGCAGUUUACGCAAUUAGACUUAACAAUAACAUAGAGUCUCUGCGAAAAUUGGUCCAGUAAGUUAGAAAACCGAGUCAUACAAAAAAUAUGGCUUCAGCCAAAGCCAUGUGUAUAUUUAGUCCUGGCUCAAGCUUUGU